UACAGUAAACAAAAAAAAAAAAUCAGAAGAUGCUGCCAGUGCAAUCAGAGAAUAUUUCUCUCCGUUUCUUUUCAACUCCCCUCGCUGCCUGUGCUCUGUGCCGCUCAUACUCUCAGUGCACUGCAGCUCCUCCUUCCACCUCUCUCAUCAGCUGCCCCUCCCUCUUCCUCUCCGUCUCUGCUAGGUGCAGCAUGUAUGUGAGCGUGUGUGAGCCAGCAGAGCCGCCUGUGUGUUUACAUGUCAGCCUAUCACUGCUGCCGGAUUUAGCGCAUCUGGAGAGGACGGAGGCAUUUCUCAAAUGCCCCUCAGACAAGGGGAUUCUCGUCGCUGCAUAUAUCCCUCUCUCCCAUUUGAAUCCAGCCCGUCUUGAAUCCUGCAUCCCUGUCUCCAUGCUUUCGGAGGCAUUUUGAAUUUCCUUGGCAACAUGGAGCUGCCUGAAUUAGAAUUCUCUGCAUGACAGUCCUGGUAAGCAGUAGGAUGGUGUCUGGGGAGGCAGGAGGGCACAGCUACUUGGUGGCAUGCUGGCAGCCCAUCCUGAUCCUAAUGCUGGGCACUGUCCUCUCUGGCUCCACCACCGGUUGCCCGUCCCGAUGUGACUGCAACGCUCAGGAGCGGUCAGUCGUGUGCCAUCGACGGAGACUGGCAGCUCUUCCCGAGGGCAUCCCCACUGAAACAAGGCUGCUAGACCUCAGCAAGAACCGGCUGAAAACUCUUGGGCCCGAAGAGUUCAUUAAUUACCCUCAGCUGGAGGAGCUGCAACUUAAUGAAAACACAAUUUCAACCAUUGAGCCUGGGGCUUUUAGCAACCUCAUGAACCUCCGAACUCUAGGUUUGCGCAACAACCAGCUGAAGCUCAUUCAGCUGGGGGUGUUCACUGGCCUGACCAACCUCACCCAGUUGGAUAUUAGUGAGAACAAAAUUGUCAUUCUGCUCGACUACAUGUUCCAGGAGCUGUACAACCUGAGGGCGCUGGAGGUUGGCGACAAUGACCUCGUAUUCAUCUCACCCCGAUCAUUUCAUGGCCUCAGUAACCUUGAAAGCCUCAACAUUGAGGGAUGCAACCUGGCUUCAGUGCCCACCGACGCCCUUAGCCAUCUGCAUAACCUGUUGUCACUUCGAUUACGUUAUCUCAACGUCACCGCCGUAAGAGAUUACUCCUUUAAGAGGCUGUAUCGGCUCAGAGUUCUGGAGAUUUCUCAUAUGCCUGCCCUGGACACCAUGACCCCAAAAUGCUUGUUUGGACUCAACCUCACUUCACUGUCCAUCACAAACUGUAAUCUUACCAUCAUCCCCUACCAAGCCAUCAGUCACCUAAGAUAUCUUCGGUUUCUGAAUCUGUCUUUCAAUCCCAUUUAUACGGUGGAAGGGAACCAACUGUUCAACCUACAGAAGCUCCAGGCUUUUCAUUUGGCCGGUGGAAGAUUAGCGGCCAUUGAGCCCUACUCUUUCCGAGGACUCAACCACCUCCGUGUACUCAAUGUAUCCAGCAAUAGCCUGAGCACCUUGGAGGAGUCCGUCUUUCACUCUGUGGGAAACCUUGAGACCCUGGCUUUAUAUGACAACCCACUGGCAUGCGAUUGCCGCUUGCUCUGGGUCUUCCGCCGUCGGUGGAGGCUGAACUUUAACAGACAACAGCCCAUGUGUGCUUCACCUGAGGUUGUGCAAGGAAAAGAGUUCAAGGACUUCCCAGACAUCCUCCCCUCUGAUUAUUUCAUCUGCCAGAAAUCCAAGAUCGUGGAUUAUAAAGUUCAAGAAAGCCAUGUAGAUGAAGGAACUACGGUUUACUUCGCUUGCCAAGCUGAGGGUGAUCCAGUCCCGGUGAUAAUGUGGCUAUCCCCCAAGAAGGAAUACAUCACUACCAAAACUGCGGGGUCAAGACUUUCUGUGUCUAACGAGGGCACGCUGGAGGUGCGUUACGCCCAAAUCCAGGACAACGGCACCUACACGUGCAUCGCAAGCAAUGCAGCAGGCAAUGACACCAAAGCUGCUCACCUUUUUGUGCAUAGCUACUCCCCCAAUUGGCCCCACCAACCAAACAAGACAUUUGCCUUCAUUUCCAACCAGCCCAGCGACGAAGGUGCCAAUGUGACCCGGGCCACAGUUCCGUUUCCAUUCGAUGUAAAGACACUCAUCAUCGCAACAACCAUGGGAUUUAUCUCUUUCCUCGGAGUUGUUCUCUUCUGUCUUGUAAUAUUAUUCCUCUGGAGUAGAGGGAAAGACAAUACUAAGUCAAGUAUAGAGGUUGAAUAUGUGCCACGUAAAGAGGAAACAGAGGAGGCCAGUCCCACUGAGGCACCCAUACAAUUCAACAUGAAAAUCAUGUGAACAGGAGGUCACGUAAGCUUACGAACUGCAGUCAGGAUGCAUACUUUCCUCGCUUCAAAUAUGUACUCAGAUUAUGAGCGAUAAAAUCGCACAGCAGCAAACGCAUCUUGACACUAUACCCUAGACUUUUUUCUUUUUUUUUUUCUUCUAUUUUUUUUUUUUUUUUUUUUACUUCAGGGACUGAAUCUUCAAAGCAAAUGUUGAAUUUAAAAUAUUACAAUUUCUGUAAAUUUGUAUUGGCAAUACACAAUCGGUAUGUUAACAUGCACUCAACAACCCCGUUACUGCGUGUAACCAAAUUAAGGUGAAAGUUUUAAUGAAGCACAUGGAGUAGAGUUUACAUGAUAGGUGGGAUACUGGUAUGGAAGAAUGUAGAGGUUGUUUCUACCCUCACAAAAUAAGAGAAAGGCUCUUUUUGUAGUUCGCUUUGAUGGAUAUAAAAAGCACAAUAACCCACUAUUAGAAGCCAAGUUCUGUUACUUGAAAUCCUUUCUUUUUUUUGUCCUAUAACAAGCAAUUGACAUAUACAUAUACUUUCAAGAAAAGUCAUACAGUUAUAAAGACAGUUAUAUUCUGAGAAAAAAGAAGAAAAAAAAACAGUCACAAGACUUCAGUUAUAAUUUUUAGAAUAAGGUCAUAUAAGGUGAACGAAGUUGUGAUGUUUAAAGAGUUGUGAUGUUACCAGAAGAUAUGUUUUUAAAAAAGACUCAUUUUUGGAUCUCAGUUCUCUGAAAUGUAAGUUUUAGUAUUAAGGACCAUAAGAGGAGUAAGUGCACCUCACCACCCGUCGUGUGUCAGCGAACGCUGACCUUUAACUAUUUCCAACAUCAUUAAAUUUUAUUUUGAUGUUUUCUCUGCCCAUUUUGGCGCUGCUGUCUGGGAGGAAUCACGUCCAAAAUCAUCAAACUGUAGCCUGUAUCUCCGUUAGUUGUCACAGACGAUUUCAAUUUUACUGAAUGUAUCAGUUACAUGAAAUGAGAGUAUUUCCUUAAUCUGGUAAGAGUCAAAUUAAAAGUGUGCAUGUUAACACACUGAAAAGAUAAAUAGCCAGUCCUACAGUAUGUGCUCCCUUUCGCAAACAAAGGAAGUUUGUCAUUAAAUGUAUUGACUUGUUCAGCUAUACAUAUUUUUUCUGUAUUUUAUUCUUUCCUUGUACAUUACGCUAUGGCACAAUAGUAAUGCUUUUAAUGGCUGUGGGUUUUGAACAUAUUACAAUCUGAAGAGCAGAUAAAAUAUUCAGUAAACAUGUUUUUGAUGUAGCUAAACCAAAAGAGUAUCACUGCUUAGCAGAGUGUAUAAAAGUACCUUUGAAAUCAUCAGAUUAACAAUUUAUCAUCAAGUGUAACGGAAGUUAAUUUGUUUACUCAUUUGGCAGCUCAAUAAGUGAGAAUACUCUGCCCAAGUCCUGAGGUUAUAAUGUCGCCGGUGCAUCUAAAAAGUGGUGACAUUAUUCAUUUAUUGCCUUAAGCAACCCAUUUUUCCAGAUUUCAGCUGAGCAAUACCCAAUAUUUAUGUGUAAAAUGGAGUUUUAUGCCUCAUAAGGAUUUUAUGUUGUCUAAUUAAUUUCAUAGUCAAGGUCUGCUCUGAAGAUAAUGUGUUCAUUAACUCUUACAAUACUUGUUUAAAAGGGAAGGGCAGAUGGAAAUUCUAUUAAAAUAAGUAACAUUUUAUACAAUGGGUGCUUAUUUUUAUGCUAAUCUACUAUAAAAGUGAAUGUGACUGCACAUUUUUCAUCUCCAAGAGAGAUGACCUACCUGCUGCAGGUAGCAAGUAUCACAGAUCUUAUUGUUUUACUUGAGAGGCACACAAUAAAUCACACUUACAUAAUAAUACCUCUUACUCAACUCACUGCAAUC